AGUUUUCAAUUGGGACCGUUGCAGCAACAACAAGACGGGUGGAAUGUCAACGACAGACAGACUUGAUGCCGCAGGUGGCUACACAGAUGUUGACUUGAACGACGAACGGCGUCGUGAAGACAGCGACCGCGAUGCCGAGACUGCUUCCCAGCACUCGGUGCCGCUCGACUCGGCUCACGCUUCGCCUCUCCGUGCACUCAACACACCUCUGCGUACACAAGAGUUCUUCGCUCGGAGGGACUCCCAGGGAGAUUCAAUUGAGAUCGACUUCAACUCAGAACCAGAUGACGUGAGCGAUUCCAAGAGUGAGCUCGAUACACAUCGCAAGAGCUCUUCGGUCGCUUCCCAGACUCAGUCUGCGGCCAUUCCACCGCUACAGACAAACGAAGAAAAACCUCGCCCUGCGUCCAUAACCUAUCCACCCACACCCUCCUCCGGUAUUACCGAUUCGGACUCAUUCGCCUCUGCCGCUUCGUCCUAUUCGAAGAAAGCAAGGCCUGAAUCCAUGCUGCUCCAACCCCCUGAGGGACCAUUGAUUCUCGGGAUCGCUCUAAUAGAUUUCAACCAUCUGGUCGGUCCGCGAAUCGAAUUUAGCCAAGGCGAUAUCUUCGAGGACGAUGAAAUUGCCAAAAUGCUUCCAUUUCUGGCGCUUCCGGAUGGUGCUCAUUUGUCGAUGGAGGACUACUCGUACUUCCACCUUGUUCCGAGUGCGCCAAAUCCCAGCACGAUAUUUGGUAUAUCGUGCAACCGCCAAAUAGCUACUUCUGCUCUGCUCGUCAAGGACGUUGACGUAACGCGUUCUAUCGUACAAAAGGCGGUCGUCGUUUUGGCAAGCAAACCGGUAUUUGGUCCAAUACGAGAUCGGCUGGGAGUUGUUACCAGGGCACUCUUUCAACAACGAGAUUUCUCGGAUACGAAAAUUCUGAUCGAGUUUGGAAAUUCUUUGGAGGUGUCGUUGCGGACUCAACUUACAGAGAGCGGUCUUUACAUUGGCACGGGUUUGAGAGCGCUCGUUCAUACCUUCCGACAAAAGACGCUCGUAAUGCUGAAGGCUCUCAUUCUUCAAAAGAAGAUCAUGUUCUUCGGCCACCCAGUCGAAAGGCUUUGCACCUACCAGUAUUCUUUAAUUUCCCUCAUACCAAGUCUUCUCCAGACGCUUGAUGAUUGUGGUUCCCCACCUCUGGCAGCCCGAGCGCCCUCGCUAUCCCGUCCGAACUCACUCAAAACAUCUGACCGUAAGAGUAUGCUGACUUACAUGGGUUUGCCAUUAGAUCUAUUUGGGAAGGAUGCUUUUUUUCAACCCUAUUUACCCCUUCAACAACUCGAUCUUCUAAAAGAUUCUCAAAGUUGGUUAUGCGGAAGCACGAAUACUAUUGUCACACAACAAAAGGAAAUCGAUUUGCUCAUCAACACAGAGACUGCUACUCUUGAAUUCCGCAAUCCCCGCGUCGAGCGGCUGGUUGCACUUACACCAGCCGACCGUAAGUGGAUGGAUGAAAUAGUCCGGGAUGUCAACGAUGCUUGGGACGAUGCGGAGCCCACGAAGCAUACUUUGUGCUUCAAGGGGAGUGAUGAUUAUCUUAGAGCCAAGUUUGAAGAAUACGUGUCUGCAGCAUUGGCUUGUGUACGAUAUCGGGAAUUCCUUCUGAAGGGGAAAGGAAGUAAUGUUAUCAUUGCCGGAACAGGGGAUGUCAAUUCUUUUGAGGACUUCAACGCUGUCUGGUUGUCAGAGUUUACGAAGACCAAUGCAUACGAGGUAUGGGAUCGAGCAACAGACCCAAUGUUAUUCGACAUCGUAGAACCACGACAUCCUUGUAACGAGAGACCAUCGGUAGUGGCUGACUUGGGAUUGAGGCUCUCCGAAGGUAUCCAAGACCUCAAACUGGAGCAACAACUUGCUCCAACCCGUGAAGCUAUCUCAAAAACAUUCACCGCGAGCUCGACCAAUUUCUUUAAAGCUGUCGAAGGUGUUCGCGGCCGCUUGCAACAGCGUAUCGUCAGUUCGACGUCCGUAGCCUCAGACCUUUCUUCUUCAGGGUCACAAAACACCCCUGUCGAGAUUUCAAAGUCCGAGGCUGACAUGACGCAAUUGCCAGAUACGAACAAGAAAGACGCGGAGGUAAGGAGUCAGACGUCAAGGGAUUCCGUCGCAAGCGUCUCUUCGAGCUCUGUGGUGCAAGCGGCAGCAGAAACAAAGGCUGUGCUGAGCUCCUGGGGGGCUGGGAUACACUCACUAUGGACGAAUAGGUCAUCGCGGUUCUCAAUGGCCCGCUCGAGCGUCGUGAGCACCGCGUCGCGGGAAUCAGUGGCCUCCCCCACAACCCCUUCGCCCCCUAUUCCUGGUACUACGCGCGGAGCAACGUCACCGGCAUCACCGGUACAGCAACGCUCAACGGUGGGCACUGUUCCAGAGUUAUCAGAGCACGAUGUGGGACAAUCCGAGGAUCAUCCGGAUCAUGACAGUGGACUUAGCGAGCCAACAGGGUUGGCGCUAUGAUCGACGAUUGGUGGUGUAGGGUAUUUUUUGGCUUCCCCUCUGCACAUGUUACACUACCACACACAUAUGUACUUGGCCUGCGUACCACUAACGCUGGUGUACUCUGGCGUAGGUCAAGUCCCACAACUCACAUGCACUUACCGUAUCAUGCACUGUCGGACUUAGUUGUUUGGUUAUACUACUUACCUUGUGAUGUGUA